AUGUCGCUUCCUCCAAAGGCGCUGACGAUUCAGCUCCCACCGAACCAAUUUGACGACGAUGCGGGAGGCGGCAGUUCGUCUGAUGGCAGCGGCGCUGACGGCGUGGCGAAGAAGGAAGAGGAGACUCAGAACGCGGGCACGCCCAGUGGUUCAUUGAAGCGCAAGCGCAACCUUCCUGGAAACCCAGAUCCGGACGCGGAAGUUGUCGCUCUGUCCCCGCGCACGCUUCUCGCGACCAACCGGUUCGUGUGCGAGAUCUGCAACAAGGGCUUUCAGCGCGACCAGAACCUACAGCUGCACCGCCGCGGCCACAACCUCCCUUGGAAGCUCCGCCAGCGGACCACGCAGGAAGUGCGGAAGAAGGUGUACGUUUGCCCGGAGCCCACGUGCAUCCACCACGACCCGUCCAGAGCGCUCGGAGAUCUAACCGGGAUAAAAAAACAUUUUUGCCGCAAGCACGGCGAGAAGAAGUACAAGUGCGAAAAGUGUUCCAAGAAGUACGCAGUGCAGUCGGAUUGGAAGGCCCACAUGAAGACGUGCGGUACUCGCGAGUACCGAUGCGAUUGCGGGACCCUCUUUUCAAGGCGCGACAGCUUCAUAACGCACAGAGCUUUCUGCGACGCGCUCGCGGACACAGGCCCCACCAGCGUUAAACCCGAGCCUGGCGACUCCGCUGCUACAGGCACCGGCCCCGGGAGCGUCGGCGGACUGAACCACAAAGGAGCGGGGUUUGAGGGGGACACGAUGCGAGGCGCUGCCGUCAUGUUCGGUGAUGACGUCACGAAAGCCGCUGCUGCUGGCGCGGCUCUUUUGCCAAGUCAGCAGCAAAAUUUCCAGGCGGGGCUGCAAGGGUCGCAGCAGCAAGGCUCUCAGCAGCAGUUUUCGUCGCAGGAGUUUGCGGACUUGGUUAGCCGAGCCAUGAACAAGCAAGGGGGGGGCGGUAUGGGGUUGUGGCUCGGCCAGGGAUCCAACAACAACGGAGGGCAGAAUCAGGGCAUGACGCCGCAGCAGCAGAUGCUGCAGGCUGUGAGUCAGGGAGGUUUGAACCCGAGCGCUCUUCUUGCGGCGAUCAACAAUAGUGGCGGUAGCAUGGCGAGCCUGCUGGCUGGUGCCGGAGUCUCCAGUCUGCUCUCCUCUCUGGGCGGUGGAGCUGGCGGUAAAGACAUCGGCUCCUUGAUCUCCUCCCUUCUCGGCUCCAACGGCAGCACGGCUCCCGGGGGUAACCUGCACCCAGGCUACGCGUCUAACACUGGCGGUGGCGGCGACAUGAACAGUAACGUUUAUGGUGGUAGCGGUGGUGGUAACCAGGGUAACCUCUCAGGGUCCACGGGGGGGCUACCCGGUGUGGGCAUGGGGGGAGACCCCUACAAUUCCAGUGGCGCUGGUCUGCACGGGUCUGCACCGGGCGUUGGCGAUGGUCUAGGGCAGGGCGCGCAGCAGGACGGGCUGCAAGGCCUCUCGGGUGUGAACCUCCCCGAUCUACUGCAGCAAGCAGGCGCAGUGCUCGCCCGGUCCGGAGGUCUGGGUAACCUGGGAGGUGCGGGUGGUCAGGGUUCGUCGCUUCUCACGAGGGCCAUUGAGACUCUGGCGAGUCAGGGAUUGCCGCUUGGUGGGGAGCAGAAUUCAGGGCUUCUGGACGCCGUUGCUGGCCUGGCAGGAGGACGGCAGGGCAACUUUGGUGGCGCGGUUGGCGCUCUGGCAGGGUCGUUGCAGCAGCAAGACCAGGGAAAUAAUGGAGGAGGCGGUUUUAACUCAGCACCACAGCAGCAACAGCAAGUGGGGAUGGUUGGAGGGGAAAACGCAGAUGGAUGGGGUGGGGGCGGGAUGGGUGGAGGCAAUGGUGGUGGGCUGGAACAGGGGAUUUCGGGCAUUCAAGAUAUUUUCUCUUCUGGAGGAGGCCAGAACUCUGUGAUGGCUGCGAUGCUGUCUGCUAGCAAUGGAGAUUUGGCAGGUGGACUGGCGGGGGCUUUUGGAGGGGAUGGCAGCGGGGGGUUGCUCGGCGCUGGAGAGUUUUAG